GGGAGGAGGGAGCGGGCGGGCAGCGCUGGGGAGAACAAAGGGCCGAGCAGGUCCCAGGCAGCCCUGGGCUGGGGGCUGGGACAUUGCAGGGCGCUGCUGCCUCCCUCCGCUGGGAGCCAGGGCUGAGCAGCGGCUGCUCCCACGGGGCUGUGCCCCCGGGAGACCUUCGGUGCAGCCGCUUCUGCGCCCGGUCAGAGGGGGCUUCCUCUGUGGGGCUGGGACUAGCCCCCGGGCCCGGCUCUGCCGGCAUCAACUCCGGGCCGGAGACCCAGGUUUCCCCUCGCAAGCUCCCCCAGGGUCUUCAAUUUAUUUCUUGACUAUAACAUAGCACACUACAUUGGUUGUUCUGGAGUUCUGUCCUUCCCAUGUCUCAUGGAGGAGGUCCAGUAUUCCCCUUGACUGCCUCCCGUGCAGUAAUUCAAAUGGGGAGAAACCUGUGGAUGCCUGGGGCACCUUGCGGGUGAUGAACAGGACAGGGUUUCCAGUUUCCAAACCUGAUGUGAUCUCCUGGCUGGAACGAGGGGAAGAGCUGUGGGUCCCAGAUCUCCAGGGCUCUGAGGAAAGAGAGCUCCAGAAAGGUUCCCAGACAGGGAGUGACUGAUGCCUGGAUUCUCUCUCUAUCCUUCCAGGUGAUCAGAUGGUGAGUGAGAACGAGGAGUAGAAUCAACAGCACAAAUAUGCUAAGCAAGUUGUACCACAUGUGACAUUAGCGGGAAGGUCCAAAGGGCAAGUUUCUUGGAUUUGUGCAGAGGCAAAAGCCUGUGAGAGUCAGCAUAGGUCAGAGAAAAGCUUCAGUAUAUUAUCAGACAUUUGACGUUAUUAGACAUGAAAGAAUGAACAUGGGAGAGAGACCCUAUACGUGCCUUGAGUGUGGAAAAAGUUUUAGUCAGAGCUCAACCCUCAUCACACAUCAGAGAAUCCACACUGGAGAGAGGCCGUACACAUGCCCCGAGUGUGGGAAAAGCUUCAAUCGGAACUCACACCUCAUCACACAUCGGAGAAUCCACACAGGAGAGCGACCCUACACAUGCUCUGAAUGUGGGAAAAGCUUCAAUCGGAACUCAAACCUUAUCACACAUCAGAGAGUCCACACAGGAGAGACACCCUACACAUGCUCUGAGUGUGGGAAAAGCUUCAGUCAUGGCUCAGCCCUGAUCACCCAUCGGAGAAUCCACACUGGAGAGAUGCCCUACACAUGCCCUGAGUGUGGGAAACGCUUCAAUCACAGCUCACACCUCAUCACACAUCAGAGAAUCCACACAGGAGAGACACCCUACAUGUGCUCUGAGUGUGGGAAAAGCUUCUGUCGGAGAUCUGCUCUUAUCACACAUGAGAGAAUCCACACGGGUGAGACACCCUACUCAUGCUCUGAGUGCAGGAAAAGCUUCAGUGAGAGUUCAGACCUUAUUAGGCAUUGGAUAAUCCACACAGGAGAGAAACCCUACACAUGCCCUGAGUGUGGGAAAAGCUUCAACCACAACUCAAACCUGAUCACACAUCGGAGAAUCCACACUAGAGAGACACCCUACACCUGCCAUGAGUGUGGGAAAAGCUUCACCCAGAGCUCACACCUCAUCACACAUCGGAGAAUCCACACAGGAGAGCGACCCUACACAUGCUCUGAGUGUGGGAAAAGCUUCAAUCACUGCUCAAACCUUAUCACACAUAAGAGAAUCCACACAGGAGAAACGCCCUAUAUAUGCUCCGAGUGCAGGAAAAGCUUCAAUGAGAGUUCAGACCUUAUUAGGCACUGGAGAAUCCACACAGGAGAGAAACCCUACACAUGCCCUGAUUGUGGGAAAACCUUCAACCACAGCUCAAACCUGAACAAACAUCGGCGAAUUCACACUGGGGAGACACCCUACACCUGCCUUGAGUGUGGGAAAAGCUUCAGCCAGAGCUCACACCUUAUCACACAUCGGAGAAUCCACACGGGAGAGCGACCCUACAAGUGCUCUGAGUGUGGGAAAAGCUUCAGUCGGAGCUCAAACCUUAUCACACAUCAGAGAAUCCAUGUAGGGAAGAUACUCUGCUCAUGCUCUGAGUGUGGGAAAAGCUUCAAUCGGAGCUCAGCCCUUAUUAGUCAUCGGCGAAUCCAUAGAGGAGUGACAAACUACACGUGCCCUGAGUGCGGGAAGAGUUUUAAUAAGAGCUCAAUUUUCAUCAAACAUAAGAGAAUCCACUCAGGCGAGUAAUGCCUUAAAUCAGGAGUUCUCAACCUUUUAUUUCUGAGGCCCUCACAACAUGCUAUAAAAACUCCAGGGCCCAGCGGGAGUGGGUAGCAACUUGGGGCUCUGGGCCCGGGGGUGGCAUCCUUGGGCAUAAGGGGAGUUUGACUUCUAUUUUAGGGGGCAAGGGCCAGCAGGGCUCGGGCCAGUUCCGCACAGUAGGGUCCAGGGAGGGAGCGCCACCUCCACCCCCUGACUCACUUCAGCAGACCACUCACCUGUCUAGGGCUGUGUGCUGGUCGCUGCUCCCUGAGGGCUCUGCUAGCCCCGGAGCCAGGUCCCUACCUGGGCAGCUGUAACUGGCUGUGUGAGCAAUCAAAGGGGGCUGGGAGCUGAGGAGCAGCCGCAACCCCGGGCACCAGCAGCAGAUGGGGGAAUGCCAGGGCUACCCACUCCAUGACACCAGCAGCCAGAAGAGUGGCUGUCCCACAUUGCCUGGCUCUGGCUUCCCAUCUCUGACCUGGCCAGUGGGUGGGGCCUGAGGGAGUGGAGGAGGUCGGGGGGUGGAGCUGCCCCCAGGACUGCCCCAUUCUUCAUAAGGCACUGCAGUUUGGGGAGGCAACACCCUCGUGCCCCCUCAACUCUGCUCUUGGGCUCAGGGCUUCAGCCCUGUGCCGCUCCUGGAUUUAGCAGGGAGAACUCAGUGUUUCAGCUCCCUGCCGCUCUGACUUCAGGGGAGGGAGGGGAGCUCAGGGGUUCAGCUCCGCACUGUUCCCAGAUUUGGGGGGGCGGGGGAAGAGGGGAGCUCAGGGUUUCAGCCCCGUGCUGCUCCUGGCUUCAGUGGUUGGGAGGGGGGGAGUUUGGGGUCAUAGGCAUCAACUUUCUCUGGCGCCAGUGGGUGCCUGCACCCCCCGCCCCUUUCCCCACCUCUGGCCCUGCCCUGACUCCACCCUUUCCCCGCUCCUGGCCCCGCCCCCAUUCCAACCCCAUCCCAAAGUCCCC